AUAAGCAAGAAUUAAGAUGAGCCUACCCUACGAUGCGUGGUUUGUAAGAGUGAGUCAGGUCAGCUAUGGUAUGAAUGAACUAUUGUAACUGCCAGGAAGCCAAGUGAAAAGGUCGAAAAACCAGCCAAUAAAGACUUUGCCUUAUUCAAAAUUCCAUUUGAUUUUCUAAAACCCACCCCCACCCCCACCCACGCGUUUUCUCUCUCUCUCUACACCAUCUAUCUAUCUAUCUAGGGUUACUUCUCCUCCGGCAAAGAAAAAGAAGAAGAAGAAGAAAUGGCGAAUCAGCAGAAUCUUGAGAAAAUGCAACUCCGGCAGAAUUACCGGAAUCUAUGGCACACUGAUCUCAUGAGAACUAUCCAGGUCGAUACUCCAUAUUGCUGCUUAUCUUUGUGGUGUGCGCCAUGUGUAUCAUACUUGCUUCGCAAACGAGCCCUUUAUGAUGAUAUGUCAAGAUACACAUGCUGUGCUGGUUACAUGCCCUGCAGUGGUAGGUGUGGAGAAAGUAAAUGUCCUGAAUUUUGCCUUUGUACUGAGGUUUUUCUCUGCUUUGGAAAUUCAGUGGCCUCAACUCGCUUUCUGUUGCAAGAUGAAUUUAACAUUCAAACUACGCAGUGUGAUAAUUGCAUUAUUGGUUUCAUGCUUUGCCUUAACCAAGUUGCAUGCAUAUUCUCUAUUGUUGCCAUGAUUGUGGGGAGUGAGGAAAUUUCUGAGGCUUCUCAAAUACUAUCUUGUUUGGCUGACCUUGUUUACUGCUCGGUGUGUGCGUGCAUGCAGACUCAACACAAGGUUGAAAUGGACAAGCGUGACGGGAAGUUUGGGCCGCAACCAGCGAUGGCAGUGCCUCCUGUACAGCAAAUGUCCCGCAUUGAUCAGCCAGUUCCACCUUCUGUUGGGUAUGCACCUCAACCAGCAUAUGGGCAGAAUUAUGGUUAUCCACCUGCCCCACCACCAGCUCAGGGCUAUCCCGCUACUGGUUACCCCUCUGCUGCUUAUCCUCCACAACAAGGAUAUCCCCCUACUGCUUAUCCUCCACAAGGAUAUCCCCCUUCUGGUUAUUCUAGGUGAUAAAUAAAUUUAGAGCGGUUUGUGUUGGUCUAGAUACCUAUUGAUUGUUUCAGGAACCGUUGUUUUCUUCAAUUUCGUACAUUCAAAGCUAUAUCAAGCAGUCAUAUAUGUGUGGUGAAAAUGCACUUGCUAUAUAGAUUUGACUAUUUUGCAUUUUCCCCCCAAGUUUGGAUUUCUGACAUGAGAUUACAGUUCCUAUCGGUUUGUCCAUUUUUAUACUAUGACUUCGAUUUAUAUAUUGGUGUUUAUAUAAUCUCGUUUGGUUAUGUGCAA